AUGAUUCCUGCAAGGCUUUUUGACGAACAGUCUAGAUUAAAGAUAAUCGAUUGUCUUACAGUGAAAAAUAUACUGAUUAAAGGCGAUUGGUUUCGUGAUGCAAAAGAUGCCUUUAUUAGUGGAUAUCUCAAAGGCAGUCCAGUUGAUCUUCAAGUGGCAGUCAAUUUAGUCGAUUUUGGUAUUGAUAUUCAAGAAUAUAAACUUUCAUUGAAUCCAAAUCGAAACAACAAACAUCUGAUCGAUGGAAAGACGACCAAUCAAUCUUAUUUGUUUAGUGAUGUGUUACAAAAACACAUAAACGAUGACGAGUGGUUUAAAGAGAAUAUUGAAAUCAGUGAACGAUUUGUUUACACCGCGAGCGAAUUAGUUCAAACCACAUCCAAUUAUCAGGUUGAUCAAUUUCAGCAACAACAAAAACAAAAACUCGAACGAUCAUUAACAAACAAACGCAAAAGGGUUGAAGAAUUACAAGAUGAAACUAUGAAUAUAUGUGGAACAGAUAUGCCAAUGAAACGAAAACGAAAACCAAAAGUUCGUGAGGAUUAG